AUGACCGUCACCUACACCGCCCGCGUGGCCAACGCGCGCUUCGGCGGCUUCUCGCAGCUGCUGCUGCUGUGGCGCGGGAGCAUCUACAAGCUGCUCUGGCGGGAGCUGCUGUGCUUCCUCGGCCUCUACAUGGCCUUGAGCGCCGCCUACCGCUUCAUGCUGGCUGAAGAUCAGAAGCGCUACUUUGAGAAACUGGUCAUUUACUGCGACCAGUACGCCAGCCUCAUUCCAGUCUCCUUCGUGCUCGGCUUCUACGUGACGCUGGUGGUGCACCGCUGGUGGAACCAGUAUCUAUGCAUGCCGUUGCCCGAUGCGCUCAUGUGCGUGGUGGCGGGCACGGUGCACGGGCGCGACGACCGAGGUCGGCUCUACCGGCGCACGCUCAUGCGCUACGCGGGCCUCUCCGCCGUGCUGAUCCUGCGCUCGGUCAGCACCGCGGUCUUCAAGCGCUUCCCCACCAUAGACCACGUGGUGGAGGCUGGAUUUAUGACCCGCGAGGAGCGCAAGAAAUUCGAGAACCUGAACUCUUCCUAUAACAAAUACUGGGUGCCCUGCGUGUGGUUCUCCAACCUGGCAGCUCAAGCCCGGCGCGAGGGCCGCAUCCGCGACAACAGUGCCCUGAAGCUGCUGCUGGAGGAGCUGAAUGUGUUUCGGGGCAAGUGUGGCAUGCUCUUUCACUAUGACUGGAUUAGCAUCCCCCUGGUCUACACACAGGUGGUGACCAUCGCAGUAUACAGCUACUUCCUGGCUUGCCUGAUUGGUCGUCAGUUCCUAGACCCAGCACAGGGCUACAAAGACCACACUCUGGACCUGUGUAUUCCCAUAUUCACCUUACUGCAGUUUUUCUUCUAUGCUGGCUGGCUCAAGGUAGCCGAGCAGCUCAUCAACCCCUUCGGAGAGGACGAUGACGACUUUGAGACGAACUUUCUGAUUGAUCGCAACUUCCAGGUGUCGAUGCUGGCGGUGGACGAGAUGUACGAUGACCUGGCCAUGCUGGAAAAGGACCUGUACUGGGAUGCAGCCGAGGCUCGCGCUCCCUACACGGCGGCCACCGCCUUCCUGCUGCAGCAGCCUUCCUUCCAAGGCUCCACCUUCGACAUCGCGCUGGCCAAGGAGGACAUGCAGUUCCAGAGGCUGGACGGCGCGGACGGCCCCCUGGGAGAGGCGCACGGCGACUUCCUGCAGCGCCUCCUGCCGGCGGGCGCGGGAACGGCCGGGGGCCUGCUGGGCCGCCGCCUGUCCCUGCUUCGCCGCAAGAACAGCUGCGUGUCUGAGGCCUCCACAGCCGCCAGCUGCGCGUGCGCGGGCGCCCCCGACGGCGCGGCCCAGGAUUGUGGCUGUGGGGACCCGCUGCUCGAUCCCGGCCUGCGGGAUCAGGAACCCGAGCUUCCCGCUUGUCCUGAGCCGCCUGGCCCUCUUCUUGGGUCCGCGGCUGAUGCUUUUACUACCGUGUCCAUUCCUGGGCCCCGGGCACCCGCGCCGCCCUGGCUGCCCAGCCCUAUUGGAGAAGAGGAGGAGAGUCUAGCCUGA